AUGUCUGGAAAUCCCAACACGCAGAAGCUCGGGAAGCGGAGGAGCACUGCGCCACAACCUGAUUGGCUUUUCCCUGCUGCAUCAAAACCAGUCGAGGCUGUCCCUGUUUCUAUCCCCACGCCUCAGACCCAGGACCGGUCAAAAAACAAGAAAGACAAGCGACUUGCCAAAGAACUCCUCAAGCGUCGGGCUGCUGGAGAACCUGCGAAGUCCUCACCACCGGCUCAACUGCUCGAGCUCGUCGGAGCUUUUCUCGCCGAAUAUCAAUUCACAAGCGCAAGUCAAGCACUUCAGGCGGAGCGCGAAAAUCGAGGCGAGAAGGCAAGCAAAGUUGAAGGCAUACCAUCUCUCAGCACGGUUUUCAGCGAGUGGUCCACUUUGAAGGGAAAUAAUAAGAUUGCCGACAAGGGGGUAGCGAAGGAGGCUAUUGCUAAGAAAUCCAAGGCCGAUAAAGAAAAGGCAAAGAAACAAGAGUCAAGCAGUAGCGAAAGCAGCAGCAGCAGUGAUGAGGAUAGCGAUGUUGAGAUGGCAGAUGCUCCGACAACAAAGAAGGUCGCUUCCAAGCGAUCAAGCUCCUCUUCUUCAUCAUCAUCAUCCUCCAGCUCCGACAGCGACGCAGAUGACGAGAAAGAAGCCCCAGCCGUGAAGACUACAUCUCCCAAGGCCAAAGUCAACAGUCUGAAGAGAAAGGCCGAAUCCAGCAGUGACUCGUCUUCAUCUGGAUCAGAUUCGAGCUCCGAAGAUGAAGCCCCAAAGUCAAAGAAAGUUAAGACCGCAGCCACUUCCUCGAGUGAUUCCUCCUCAUCUGACUCGUCCUCCGAUUCUUCUUCCGACUCUUCAUCCGAUUCAAGUACAGAUACAGACAUUAAGACCAAGAAGGUGAAGGCCACCAAGAAGAGUUCAGACAGCGGAUCAUCAUCAUCCUCGAAAUCAGACUCGAGUAGCUCGUCCGAUUCUGAAAGCGACUCCGAUUCCUCUACCAAUUCUCUUGCACAGAAGACUCCUCUUCCAGACUCAGACUCCGACUCGUCUUCAUCUGACUCUGACAGUUCUGAUAGCGACUCUGCUAAGGAUGCGAAGAAGAAAAAGGCUGUUGCAAGCUCCGACACGAGUGCUACACUCUCCGAUGGACCCAAAAAAUCGGCAGCAUCAUCCUCUGACUCCUCGUCUGAUUCCUCAUCCAGCGACUCUGAAGAGGAGGUUCGGACGAUUACCAAAACUGUCACUGCAACCACCAAAGACUCGGAUGGAGAAUCGAAGGUCGUCAAGGUAACCGAGACAAUCACCACAUCUAAGGCUCAUGAACUCGACCCGCCAUUGCCACCUGACCCAGUCUUGAAGAGAAAGAAGACGAACGAGCCAUUCUCCAGAAUUCCAAAGGAUAUCAAGGUUGACGAUCGCUUGUCUAGCAACGCAUAUGUUCCUUACGACUAUGCUCAGAAAGCCCAUGAGGAUCUCAUUGUGACUAGGGGGAAGGGAUUCACCAAGGAGAAGAACAAGAAGAAGCGUGGCAGCUAUAGAGGUGGCUACAUUGAUGUUGAAGGAAAGAAGGGAAUCAAGUUCACGGACUAG